AUGCCUCAUAACUCUGCAUCCGAUAAACCUGGCGAUGUCUUAUGGUCGGCGUACCUCAAGGCUUCCGAGAAAGGAGAUAGAACGCGACCUAAGGAUUGGGAAGGGAGCGCUGGUGGGAUAUUGACUUUCACUGGUCUUUUCUCUGCCACCGUCGCCGCGUUCAUCAUCGAGAGCUAUAAGUCAUUAUCCCCUGAUUCUGGCGACCAAACGGUCGCGUUACUCUCCCAGGUCCUGCCCGCGAUGGUGAAUGCCUCCUCGCAACAAGCUGUCAUCAUGAUAAACCCGCGUCCAUUUCAAGUCGCUCCUCUGGCUGUGGCUACAAAUGUACUCUGGAUUACGAGUCUCCUGAUAUCUCUUUUCUGCGCGUUACUGUCGACAUUGGUUCAGCAAUGGGCUCGGAGUUACGUCAGAGAGGUCAAUGAACAUCAUGCGACUUAUGGACAAGACCUCAGAAGACGUGCAUGCUAUCAUCUUCUUAGGCGCAUGGGCGUUGACAGCUACGGAUUGGACGAAUUCGUGUCCUGGAUAGUUGCGCUCGUGCAUCUUUCUAUCUUUCUUUUCACGAUUGGCCUCGCGCUCUUCCUAUUCCCCAUCAACACCGCUGUCGCAGCUGUGGUGCUGGGGUUGCUCGGCCUUUUUGCUCUCAUUUACACUGCUUCGACCAUCCUUCCUUUGAUGGAUGAGAGCUGUCCCUACGAGACUCCCAUGACCCGCAUUGCGGCAUUUGGCUACCAAGUUAUCCUCCGCAUUCACGGAACUUCAUGGACGGAAGUCUUUCAUAAGACUCUCCAUAGAUUUCAUGGGCAUUGGAUCAAUUCGAGAUUCAUCAGUCGCGAGAGACGGCGUCACGACUUCACAUCCCGGCGGGAUGUCCAGGAUCUCGACAUAGGCAAGUUUCUUUCCGAACGUCGCAAGAUAUGCCUAUGGGAUUAUACUGGCCAUCAUGUGCCUGACGACGAUUUUGAGCCAAUGAUGGGGGACCUUGUAUCUCUCAUAUCGGGUGCACGGAGUGAAGGAAUGCGCAACCACCUAUGUGCUGAUGACGCCUUAGCCCGAAGAUUGUACUCCCACAUCUAUGACUCCGGGACGACCGCAAACCCGGAUUUAUUCGCAUUCAUCUCGACCCUCUCGAGUGCUAUGCUCAAGCAAGAGGUUGACGGAUUGAUCAAACGGAUCCGCCCGAAGACCCAUCUCUCUGGGUAUUACAUCGGAAUCAUAGGCACAAUAUCCAGGAUUUCCAAAGUCGACGGUCCUGUUCAGGUUUUAGCGCAUCUGUGUUUGGCCGAAGUGCGGCGCUCUUUUCUUCUUCUAUGUUUGAGUAUAGAUGAAUCGGAGAUUCCUCUACUGAGCAUGGAGCAGUUGUCUCGCUUAUACGAGGACACGACGCUCGGGGACUUCGAGCUUAAGGAUCGCCACCCCAUCGGAUUGUUGCAUAUGAUGGUAGUGGGCGAAUACUACGACUUUAGGUGGAACUUCUGGGACAAUAUGUCAAUAUUGCAACCUUUGCAUGAUGACGAUUGCUGUAGAACUUGCAAGCACCCUCCAUCUCGUGAAAGUCUCGCUCAUAUCGCAGCAUGCAAUGCUUUGACUGUAGUCUCCCACGUCUUGACUAUGCUGGCCGCAGGUCGGGCCACGGGAGAAUCCAUCGGUCCUCAUCUACGUUCUGAGCUCAACACAACUUUCGCGAAGAUGACAAGCUUGAUGAAGCAGUUUCCCAUGGCCGUCGGAGAGCGCAAAGCAUCAGCACCAGAGUUUUUGUCUGUAUUGCAGGCCGCGGGCGUACUAGAUGAAUGGAUGCAGCCUGGGAGUGAUCUCCGAACGGAUUCUAAACACGGCGUACUUCAUGAUUACUACAGCUGGGCACCUUGGUACGAUGAAUGCAUUGACCUGUUGAGAGCUUUGGCUCAAAACGUUGACUUCACGAAGCAUCGAUCCCGCCGAUCUUCGUUCCAAUCGACACCCAUCGCGACGAGUGCCAUGCCAUCGUCUACAAACCCAUCGCCAUAUACCUCUACAACCCCAUACAGUCAUGCAGUCAGUGAACACCCGUGGCUUACACCUCCGAGUCGCCAGCCGCGCACCUUGGACGAUCAACCUCCCUCUCUACCUAUAUUCCUGGAGGGCGUGGUAGUCGACGGAGACAGAAGUGCCAGCACGUCAGGUUGGGACCCGACUUGUACGGGAUAG